GCCUGACGCAUGAGCUGAGCUCUCACUAUGAAUGCCAUCGUUGCCCUCUGCCACUUCUGUGAGCUUCACGGUCCUCGCACCCUCUUUUGUACUGAGGUUCUACAUUCACCGCUUCCCCAAGGCGCGAGCAGCGGGGACAUCUCUGGGCAGAAUGAGCAGGCAGAAGAGGAAGAAGGUGGCAUUCAGAUGAGCAGUCGGAUCCGCUCACACAGCCCAGCAGAAGGUGCCAGCGCUGACUCCAGCAGCCCAGGGCCGAAGAAGUCAGACAUGUGUGAGGGUUGCCGCUCUCUUGCAGGAGGACAUCCUGGAUAUGUCAGCCACGACAAAGAAACUUCGAUCAAAUACGUCAGUCACCAACACCCCAACCACCCCCAGCUCUUCAGCAUCGUGCGCCAGGCCUGCGUUCGCAGUCUGAGCUGUGAGGUCUGCCCAGGACGUGAAGGCCCUAUUUUUUUUGGAGAUGAACAGCAUGGUUUUGUGUUCAGCCACACCUUCUUUAUCAAAGACAGCCUGGCUCGAGGUUUCCAGCGCUGGUACAGCAUCAUCACUAUCAUGAUGGACCGGAUUUACCUCAUCAACUCCUGGCCUUUCUUGUUGGGAAAAAUUAGAGGCAUCAUUGAUGAGCUUCAGGGCAAAGCACUUAAGGUGUUUGAAGCAGAGCAGUAUGGGUGCCCUCAGCGUGCCCAGCGGAUGAACACGGCCUUCACUCCCUUCCUGCACCAGCGGAACGGCAAUGCAGCCCGCUCCUUGACGUCACUGACCAACGAUGAAAACCUCUGGGCGUGUUUACAUACUUCCUUUGCUUGGCUUUUGAAAGCUUGUGGCAGCCGACUUACAGAGAAGCUUCUGGAGGGAGCACCGACAGAAGACACCCUCGUUCAGAUGGAAAAACUGGCAGACCUGAAAGAAGAGUCGGAAGGCUGGGAUGGUUCCGAGGAAGAAGAGAAGCCUUCUUCCCAGCCAGAUGUUGUAGAAGGCCAGGAGCUAUCUAAGUGUUCCCCUGAAACCUCUCUGAUGCCCGACUGCAACAGCUGGAACAUAGCUCACAGAAGGUUGUCUGUCUUUCGCUCUCUCAGGCACAUGAGACAGGUUCUUGGGGCAUCAGCAUUCCGCAUGCUGGCUUGGCAUGUUCUGAUGGGGAACCAGGUCAUCUGGAAAGCUCGAGAUAUGGAUCUUGUCCAGUCUGCUUUCGAUGUGCUACAGACUAUGCUGCCCGUUGGUUGUGUGCGGAUCAUCUCCUACAGUGACCAGUAUGAAGAGGCGUAUCGGUGUAACUUCCUAGGGCUCAGCCCACACGUUGAGAUCCCAUCCCACAUACUAGCAUCGGAGUUUGCGGUCCUCGUGGAAGUUCGCACUGCUACCCGCUCCACUCUCUACCCAACUCUGUGUGAUGAUGAGCAGUCCCUCAACAAGUACGAGUUUGUUGUCACCAGCGGUAGCCCUGUUGCGGCAGAUCGAGUUGGCCCUACAAUCUUGAACAAGAUCGAAGCUGCCCUGACCAACCAGAACCUUUCCGUGGACGUUGUGGAUCAGUGCCUUGUUUGCCUGAAGGAGGAGUGGAUGAAUAAAGUGAAGGUCCUCUUCAAAUUCACCAAAGUGGACAGCAGACCCAAGGAGGAUACCCAAAAACUGCUGAGCAUUCUGGGAGCCGCGGAAGAGGACAACGUCAAGCUUCUCAAGUUCUGGAUGACUGGCCUGAGCAAGACGUACAAGUCCCACCUGAUGUCAACAGUUCGCAGCCCGACGUCCUCGGAGUCCCGGAACUAAAGGGUGCCCAAACCUCACUUGCUGCCUUCGGAUAAUCGCAGGACCUCUGCUGAGCCUGCAGCGUGUGCGUUAGGUGGAUAGUGAAACUUUGUCACUGUUCUUCUGGUCCUCAAACUAACUUGAAGAGUGACUUGAGUCUUUUCUAAUUGCUGUGAGACUGGACUAAUAAGUGCUCAUAAAUAGUGCUGCUGUCUGUCCUGAAACUCAACUAACUCUAAAUCCAGACCUCCACACUCAAGACUGAAAUACAGCAACACUCAGAACCGGCGUGAAUUCCUUAAAAUCUCGUGCCACCCUCGUUAAGCGUUAUGGUGUUGCAGUAGAACUCGGUUUUUAAUUUCAUCGGCAAGACUCAGAUACCUGUGGCGACAUCCAGAACUCUUGGGAGUGGGUAUAGUUAAUCUCCUCAAAUCCCACAUAAAUCUCCUAAAUGCCUGAGAGAACAAGAACCAAAAA